GAAAAAAUCUCUAUAUAAAUAAUAUUCAUUUCAUAGGCUUCAUAUAUCUUUCAGUUUGAGCGAAAGAAAGAAAUCUAAAAAGAAAAAUGGAGGCGGUUACCGGUAGCGGAGCAGGAAUAUCAAGCGAGAAACGGCGUCGUUCCGGCGAGAAAUUAGGGCUCGUCCUCCACGUCCUCACCGGACCAUGGUUCAUGGUGUUCGCUUCGUUCCUCGUGAUGUCGACCGCCGGCACGCCGUACAUGUUCGGGCUCUACUCGGGCGCUAUAAAAUCGGUGCUCGGCUACGACCAGAGCACGCUGAAUCUGCUGAGUUUCUUCAAGGAUGUAGGAACAAACGUGGGCGUAAUCUCGGGCCUAAUCAACGAGAUCACGCCGCCGUGGGUGGUUCUGGCGAUCGGCGCGGCCAUCAAUUUCUUCGGCUACUUCAUGAUCUGGCUUUCCGUGACGGAGCGCGUGGCUCGGCCGGAGGUUUGGCUGAUGUGUCUUUACGGCUGCCUCGGCGCGAACUCGACGGCGUUCGCGAACACCGGCGCGCUGGUGACGUGCGUGAAGAAUUACCCGGCGAGGAGAGGCGUGGUUUUGGGGAUUUUGAAGGGAUACGUAGGGCUGAGCGGCGCGAUUUUGACGCAGAUUUAUCACGCGAUUUAUGGCGAUGAUUCGAAAUCGUUGAUUCUGCUUAUUGCGUGGCUGCCGGCGGUUAUCUCCGUCGCGUUCCUUAGAACUAUUCGGAUUAUGAAGGUUGAUCAUCGGCCCAAUGAGCUCACGGUUUUCUACAGGUUUCUGUACAUUUCUCUUGGACUCGCUGGGUUUCUAAUGGUGAUGAUCAUUCUCCAGCAAAAAUUCAAAUUCUCCCACAUCGAGUACAGCAGCAGCGCCGCCAUGGUCGUUUUCCUCCUCUUCUUUCCCCUUUUCAUCGUCAUCGCCGAAGAUUUCAAGCUAUGGCGCACCGAAUUACUCUCAAUCGACGCUUCUCCUCCUCCUCCUCCACUCAACAUCGUCUCCCAAAAACCCCCGCCGCCGCCAUCGCCGUCCUGCUGGAGAACCGCCCUGAGCCCGCCGCAGAGAGGCGAAGAUUUCACGAUCCUCCAGGCCCUUCUCAGCGGCGACAUGCUCCUCCUGUUCCUCUCCACCGCGUGCGGCGUCGGCGGCACUCUCACCGCCAUCGACAAUCUCGGCCAAAUCGGCGCCUCUCUCCGCUACCCGAAACAGAGCAUCAGCACAUUCGUGUCUCUGGUUAGCAUCUGGAAUUACCUCGGCCGCGUGGUCUCUGGUUUCGCCUCCGAAUUUUUCCUCACCAGAUUCAAACUCCCCCGAACCCUAAUUUUGACCCUAAUCCUCGUCCUCUCCUGCGCCGGCCACCUCCUCAUCGCCUUCGACCCCCCCGGCGGCCUCUACGUCGCCUCAAUCGUCAUCGGAUUCUGCUACGGCGCCCAAUGGCCGAUUCUCUUCGCCAUCAUCUCCGAGAUCUUCGGCCUCAAAUACUACUCCACGCUCUACAAUUUCGGGUCGGUGGCGAGCCCGAUCGGGCUGUAUUUCAUCAACGUUCGGGUCGCCGGAGAUCUGUAUGACAGGGAGGCGAACCGGCAGCUGGAGGCGGCGGGGAGGAAGAGGAUGGCCGGAGAAUCUCUGAACUGCGUGGGAGUGGAUUGCUAUAAACUGUCGUUCCUUAUAAUCACCGGCGUUACUCUGUGUGGGGCUUUUUUUUCCUUCAUUUUGGUGCUCAGAACCCGAAGGUUUUACAGGACUGAUAUUUACAGCAGGUUCAGGGAGGAAGAAGAAGAAGAAGAUGCUGGGCCUGGGCCUGUGCUUGGGCCUGGACCUGGGCCUCGGCAGAGUACUGAGAUGGCAUCGGCCGCUCCACACGGUGUCGUUUCAGCGGUUGAGAAAGUUGAGAGGAGAAAUAAGUAGUUGCCUAGUUGGUUUGGUGGGGUAACUGGUAAUUGUAAAUUAUAACUUCUACUGUUUUACCGUUUAAUUAUUCCAUCGUUGUGUAACUUUUCUGCGACGGUGAAUGAAAUUUA